GUUAACGGCGCGGCGGUUUGACGUCACUUCCACGCGCCACCACUACGUCAGUCUAGGGCGCAGAUCCUGGUAGUGUGAUCUGUUCCUAAAGUUCGCUCUUGAUUGUCCCUUGUGGGCCAUGGAGAGUGACUUUUACCUGCGUUACUACGUGGGUCACAAAGGCAAGUUCGGUCAUGAGUUCCUGGAGUUUGAGUUCCGACCUGACGGAAAACUGCGCUAUGCCAACAACAGCAAUUACAAAAAUGAUGUUAUGAUCAGAAAAGAGGCUUAUGUACAUAAAAGUGUGAUGGAAGAAUUAAAGAGAAUUAUUGAUGACAGUGAAAUCACCAAAGAAGAUGAUGCUCUGUGGCCCCCUCCUGACCGAGUAGGCCGGCAGGAGCUUGAAAUCGUCAUUGGCGAUGAACACAUUUCUUUUACAACAUCAAAAAUUGGUUCCCUUAUUGAUGUCAACCAGUCUAAGGAUCCAGAAGGCUUACGAGUAUUUUAUUAUCUUGUCCAGGACCUGAAGUGUUUAGUCUUCAGUCUCAUUGGAUUACAUUUCAAGAUUAAACCCAUCUAGAUUGGAUAUUGUGGACAUGAGGGGGGUGGGAGUUUUUAGUUACCAUAAUUAGGAGGUUUUUUUCUGUAUAUUGGGGCAAUUUUUAUAAACAAUAAAUGAUGGUCUUUAAUAAAGUA